GAGAGAAAGAGGCCAAUGAAGAGUCAGAAAAGAGUCAAAGAGAAGGAGAGAUGUACUAAGCUGUGGAAAAAAACCUAAGUUAGCUCAAAAUAGCAUCUAAUAUACCACAAUCAGCUACGUCUCAUGCUCAGUCCUCUUCAGAUACAGUAUUCAAGAAUCAGAAUCAACAACAACAGGGUUUUCCCAGGGAGAAAUCUCUUAAAGGUUCAAAUGACUCAAAUUGCUUUCCAGAGGCUGGGAUGUCAAAGAUAAAACUAUUUCCUUUUUUUAUCUUUUCGCUAAAAAGAUAAGAUAAGUCGAUAACAAGUUGCGUAAAGAUAUACACUGCAUGUACAUACCUUACAGUGAACUACAAGGCCAGGCUUCUGGGUAGAACAUAAGGGAGAUAGGAAGUCCAAUAACAAUAUGCACUAUUUUCUUAUUUGAAAAUGUACUAUUAGGUAUGCUAUCUGCUCGGCAUGGUCAACUGCCCACCUGGGAAAUCAUUUAGGACGAACUUAACUUAAGUUAAAAAUAAAACAACUCGGCAAAACAAAACCAGUUUCCCCAGAUACCAAAGUGAACGGGUCGAUUUGAAGUCUUCACGUUCCGUUUCUGUGACAGAUCCCAAAAAACUUGUCAACCACUGGGUGUAACAUUUGGCACUUCAAGAGUCGGAGGACGGGAAGGAAUUCAUUUUAUGGUAACUCAAGUGACUAAAACAGAGAACGUCUAAGCCAGAACACACACCACAGUUAACAUUUCUUGUGACAGCUAUUCAUUGUGCCUAACAACAGAAAACCCCUGAAGUAAAAGAAGCAGUCACCGUCACAGAUGUACCAUGCUGUUCCUCUUUCCAUCAGGAAAUGGUGGAGUCAGUGUAGUCACAUACACUUACAUUUGUACUUAGAAAAACAGUAGACUGUAUAUUACAGAGGCCAAUGUCAUUCUUUCCACACUGAGAUGCUAACACAGAAUUCAAAGAUACAGUUUAACCAUUAGAACUUUAAGGAUCAUUAAAAUCUGUGAAUUAGAGCUAAAUUUGGUUUUAUCGUAUGCAAUUUGGGAUUUUCAGAUUUGAACAUAAAACACAAAAACUCCAGUCCCCUGAUGACAUGCAUGAAAGAGCCGAAAGAGCAGCCAUAUUUCUUAAUAGCCUAUAUGAAAGUUUUGCAUUAUGAAACACACACUUCUUCCCCUAAACUGGGUCAAUAGAGGAGAGCAGCAUACAGCCGCAUCACUUCUUCCAGGCAAAAUGUUAUUCUGAUAACAUUGCCAGGAUGGCUCUUACAUAACACACGCACACGCAGGCAGUCAUACUUUUAAGUGAAAACAGCCGUUUUAAGAUACCGGAGGCAGGAAAACACACCCAACCACGACACGCUCUGGUUGGAUGUUAAAGCGAUGACGAGGAGGAACUGCCCCCUUGUCUUGUUUACUAUAGGAGAGGCCGCUUUCUACUGUGGGCUCCUGUUGGUUUCCAGAAUAUUCAUCAAGCCUUGUCCUUGGCUAAAACAUUAAGGCUCUCUAAAAGGAAUCAUAGAUCUAGAUUAGGUUUGGUUAACAGUUUAAGUUACUGCCAGGCACAUUGGAGUCUCAAUCCCCCAAACACUACCUUUUACUACGACACUAUGAAUAGCUCAGUUAUUUUGACAGCCUGAUCUCUGAGACGUAUGCUCGGGGGGUGAGACCGCAUGUGGACGAGGCAUGUCCCUCUACCACUCCUCCUGGAAGAGGAAACACCACGUGCAGAAAGUGAUACGCGAUGCGUGGGUAUCAUAACAGACACACCCAAAUGUAGCAUAGGACAAGCCUGAAGGCAUUUAGCUCCAAACUAUGAAGCAUGGAUAGAAAAAAAAGGCUGUGUCCCUUCGAAGAGUAGAAAGAAACAAAUAUUGUGCUGAUAAACACUAAACAGGCAACAUGAGGAGGUGGAUCGCGGCCUUCAAUGGGCGGACCAUGAACUACUGCAAUAGACACACCUCCUUGUGACAGCUUGGUAGGGAAGUUAUCUUUGUUACCCCCUCCCCCUUAGGGCACAGUGGGGGUUGGGGUUGGUAGGUAUAGACUAUAUCCACUACUCCUUAUUUGUCCAGUCAUUUGAAAAGAAAACCACAAUGUAGUUUAUAAGCAAAAUGAACUCUGCUUGAGAAAACCUGUAAGUGAAAAGAGUGGAUAAAGGCACGUCAUCCCUUCACUCUCUGAACUAGGUUAAUCCACGUUUGUGAGCUCUGUCGAGCUCCGGUCAACGACAACGAGAAAUCACAUGCCUCCUCAAAAUCUGGACAUGCCAUUGCGAAGGUUACAACGAGCGGGCGGACUGAGAAAAAAGAGCAUAAAGAAACAUCGGAGGAUAUUCAAUCACACGGGAUUCCAAAUUGCCCACUGGCGGGGUGUUUGACAAUUCAUGUCAAACACUGCUGGGAUUUCAAGAACGGUAUCCUUUAACGUUGAUAUGGAUAACAAAAAUAACUUUAUUAUAAUAGCGUUUGAUACGAUAAUAUACUUUUUUCUGAGUGGUCUUCAGCUAUUGUUAUACAGAAAGGCACCCAUGGCUUCAUCAGGUUGAGUAUAGGAUCAAGGAUGAAGUGCACCAUGCUCCAGCUCUACAAAGACCCAAAGGCCGAAAACUUAACGCUCCCCCUCAUCUUCAAUGAAUGGAAGUACUUCUCCAUCAGGAUUCCAAGCAGUAUUAAAAGCUUUGUCGAGGCCAGUGAUGUUCAGAUGCUUGCUUUGGAGUUGGUUUUCUUCGAGAAAAACACUCGAGUUCCCAAACUCAUUGGCAAGAACUGCAUCAAACUGCUGGAAAUCCUCAAUAAAACAGCAGUGGCCCACCAGGUGGAUCUGAGACUCAAACGACAGGUUAUAUGUAAGCUUGAAUUGGAUUUGGUGAUAACCUAUGGAAGUCUAGGUUAUGGAUACUCACAUCAGUUGCAUCACCCAAAGAAGACAUUGGAGGCGGUGGUGGAGCGGUCAACUUUUCUACGCUGCCCCCCUCCAGAGAAUUGCAAAAAUUCCCAUUUUAAUGUGAUCACCCCGAAACCAGGGCCAUACAUUGACUUUAUAGGAGCCUUGUUGCAAAGGGACGCUACUGGUAUUAGCAGCGGCCUGCCCGGAGUCCCUCCCCUCGUCCUGGACAUGAUGGAGAGAAGGGGCAGGCUGCUAGAGAUGCACGAAACUAUGGAGGACUACACGUCUGGGGAGGCAGUCCAUUUCCUGGAAAAGUUGGUGAUGAGGAAGGGACCUCGAUCUGAAACCCCUUGGAGGAAGAACAAGAAAGCCAAGAACAUGUCAGCCUUGAUCCCUACUCAGAUGAAUUUGACUGACGCUACCAAACAGCACGUGUCUGCAGAUCAAAGCCCCACAACAGUUACAACUUCAGCUCCGAUGACGCUUGCCCCCACUUCACAGGACACAUCCAUAUCCUAUGAGGAUGAGAGACAGGACUCUCCACCAGAAGCCAAGAUGGAAGACACAACUGAGAAGGCUCAGUCUCCCCCCAAAAAGAACCCUCCCAAAAUAACCCCUGAGCAGUCUUCAGCCACGAGCACACCUGAAGCUGUGCACUCCGACCCGCCCCCUACACCCCCACCCCCUAUUGAGGUUCAACAAACCAUAGCACUUAAAUCAAUUACUACCCCUAAACCAGCUCUCAAAAGUGCUGUGGCUAGUUCAUCCCAAUUCCCGGAUCCUCCCCAGGCCGAGUCCACAUCUCUCCCUAGACACGUACCCAGUGUCCUGCCUGAGAAUCCUACUGUUGUCCCAGCUCCUACCAAUGAAACCCCCAAACCAACCAUGGAGACCUCCCUACCUGUCCACUCCACAUCCCCAUACUGUAUCACUGUUGUGGAAAAAGAAGAGGAGGAGGAAGAGAAACGGGAGAAGCAGAGGGAUGUUAUUGCUCCCGUGUCGUCGCUCAGCCAUGCACCCACACAGAAGCAUGUGCAGGAGGAAUGCGAGCCCUGGCCAUGCCUUCCCAGGGUGCAGUCUGAUCCUGCUGAGCCCAGCCAGGAGGGCUCUGCUGAGUCCAGCCAGGAGACCCCUGCUGAGACCAGGCAUGAGACCCCUACCGAGUCCAGGCAGGAGAACCCUGCCGAGUCCAGGCCGGAGACCCCUGCCGAGUCCAGACAGAAGAACCCUGCUGAGUCCAGGCAGGAGAACCCUGCCGAGUCCAGGCCGGAGACCCCUGCCGAGUCCCGACAGAAGAACCCUGCUGAGUCCAGGCCGGAGACCCCUGCCGAGUCCCGACAGGAGAACCCUGCUGAGUCCCGACAGAAGAACCCUGCUGAGUCCAGGCCGGAGACCCCUGCCGAGUCCCGACAGGAGACCCCUGCUGAGUCCCGACAGGAGAACCCUGCUGAGUCCCGACAGGAGAACCCUGCUGAGUCCCGACAGAAGAACCCUGCUGAGUCCCGACAGGAGACCCCUGCUGAGUCCCGGCAGGAGAACCCGGUUGAGUCCCGGCAGGAGAACCCGGUUGAGUCCAAGCAGGAGAACCCUGCUGAAUCCAGGCAGGAGAGCCCUGCUGAGUGGCCAAGUGAUGGAGAGCUGGGUUGGAACCAAAGGGAUGAUGUUGGAACAAGCAGCACUAGGAAAGCCAGCGGUGAAGUGGAACAGCUCGCCUUGGGGAAGUCCGGAGCGAAAAAGGAUCCUCUUUGCUGCACUACGGUCCGAAAGUCCACUGUAACGUGGACUGAGUACCGCUCCCCUGAGCCCAGCUCCAUGGGGGGGCUGGACCGGGGUCUUCCCGGUGCCCUAUGGCCCAGCUCCACCCUUCACCAGCUGCUUGUAACCCCCACUACGCUGUUCUCACGCCCAACCAUUCCACCUUCUAACUUCUGGAGCAGCAAUCUCCGGACCAGCUCUCAACUCCCCCUCCCACCUCUUGGUGCUUCAGCUAAAUUUCCUGACAUCAAGAACCUGACCUUGGACCCCUCUCCCUGGAUGGAUGGAACCAACCAACCAUCUUUACAAUUGGAAGAUCUUGGCAGCAGCAGGACUGACAGGUUGGGCCCUAGGCUUGGGACAUUGAGCACCAGUAAUGAGAGUGCAUCUCUCUCCUCCCGGCUGAGCCACGAUAAUCUGACAGGCACUGCUAGUUCAGGACCGUGGUCCCUUUGCUCCAAGGCUGAUAUCCCAAGCCUACGCAGCGGCCUGGUUUCCUCUCCUCUCGCUCCCCUCCCGACCCUAUCCGCCAGUCCCUCUACGCAAGUCAACACUUCCCCUGGACGAACUAAAGCCAACAAGCUAGGGAAAGAGAGGCCCAAGGUUGUGGAUACACUUCAUGGCUCAAUCCUUUACCAAAGACCCAACAGAGACAAAGAUUACUAUGAGAAAAUGUAGACCUAAAGUCUUCUUGCUUAUUUUUUGAAAGUUGCCUGUGUGACUGACUUUCUAAGUAUUAAAAAUGAGUCAAAACAAUCAUGACAUUUUGUCACUUUGUUUUUUUGCAUGGCAAGGUGGAACCUUUUUAGCAUGGGUGCUAGAUUGUAUAGCAUGAAUUGGUUUUCAGCCUCAGUAAUUCCUAUUUGACGCCCUUAACAUGCCCAUAGCCAUUUAUCUGUGAUGAUUUAUAAUUCAAAUACAA